GUACUUUAGAAUUAAAUUAUUCCUAAAUCUCUCAGAAAUUGUUCCCGUCUUCUAAAUUUCAUCCGGAACCAAGAUUUAAUACCAAGAUCACCCUGUAUGUUGGAGAUUAUGUGUGUAACUAAACUCAACUCGCUACAUUUACUUAGAUUCAAGCCUCAUACUCGUAAGUAGUCGCCAGCAUUGAGCGACAUUAAAUUCAAUUUGAGAUUAAGUUCAAGUUUAGCGUUACGAACGUAAUAAACGCUAUGUAUCUAAGCUUUUUGUUAUUCUUUUGCUAUUAUCUGCCGUUACUUAUAAGUGCUUGCCCCAUUUAUCUCACCAUUUCGUUGGACAGCAAAACCUUGCAAGAUGCAUACCUCGAAAUAAAUUGGGGACCCGAAUGUCAUGAUCAUCCCGAGUGGAUUGGCAUUUUCAGUGAAGAUCCCUCAACGACCUAUUUUCACCCGGAGGCACGUAUAACAAAUAUAAACAACUCGUCCGGCAAAGUUUUGAGCAAUGUGAAAGUGGGAAAAUUACGCUUCCCACACGGUUGGAAUAGCAAUGAUGAUAAUACAGUACCCAUUGAAUAUCCAAAAGGAAAAUGUCUGCCAUAUUAUGUAGCCAGUUUUAAUGGUAGUGAACUACUGACGGUGGAAUGCCUGAAGAUACAGCCGAAUUGGAUGUCGAAACUGGAGCAUAUAGCGCAAAUGCCAUUGAAGGAUCUAUUCAUACCGGGCACACAUGCCUCUGGCGCUUAUGUUAACAAUUUAGUCAAAACCAAAUCAGUCCUGGUCAAGGAUUAUGUGGUGGCACAACAAUUUGAUGUCUGGUCGCAGUUGGUAUUUGGUGUACGCUAUUUGGAUUUUAGCAUUGGCUUUGACAAAAUUGCCGAUGUCUACGAUACAAGUAAUGCUGAUAAUUUCUGUAUUGUUAACGAAAACAAACUUGUUCAGCCAUUAAGAGGCGUUUUAAAAGAUGUGAAGCGUUUCGUGCAACUUUCCCAUGAGGUCGUUAUACUCGAUUUCAGUUCGUUUCCUAUUGGCUUCUACAAGCAUCCUGAACGCCAUAGUAAUCUACUGCAUCUUUUACACGAAGAGGUCGGUGAUAUUGUCUACAUAAGAAAUACAAGUGCCAGCGAAGGAAUGAAGCAAUGCUUUGAGCUGACAAUCGAUGAAAUUAGAAAGAAUAAUAAAUACCUUAUAAUUCUGUAUCCUGUACAGGAAUUGCCAUAUCCCGAAAGUGAGUCGAAAAUAUUAUGCCCCAAUUGGAAACGUUUCUCCACUGCUUUUAUGAACACCUCAGAAGUGUUGGACUACAUGCGUUUGUUGUUUAGCAAAAAGGAUACAUCACCGGUGCAAAAUGAAGGUUGGGUAUUUCAGGCUACACGCAGCAUGGAACAAUCAUUGAAUAACAAAAAACUGGAGACUGCCAAAGAGCGUGCUGGCAUUUUGAAUCCGAAAGUCACUAGCUGGCUAAAAGGUCCUUGGAGUUUAACUGCAAAUGUUGUAGCGCUCGAUUAUUUUAGCAAUACGAAUAUCAUCGAUGUCGCCAUUUAUGCUAACAUGCAUAAAGCUUUCAAUAUGGCUAAUAAGAACUUUGUGAAUUUUGAAAUUUUAAGUAAUUAGCGUAAGCAAUAAUUUUUUAGUUUAGUAAUUGUGUAAAUUAAAAUGAAUAUACUCGUACGUAUACAUAUGGCGCGCAUUGUUGCUGCAAAGAAGGACAUAACUUACAUAAACCAUAAUGUUGAGAAUAUCCAA